AUGCACGCCGGAGGCCAGGGCUACCCGCUCGCCUCGCUCUACGUGGGCGACCUGCACCCCGACGUGAACGAAGCCAUGCUCUACGAGACGUUCUCGCCCGCAGGCCCCAUCCUGUCCAUCCGCGUGUGCCGUGACGUGGCCACCCGGCGCUCGCUGGGCUAUGCCUACAUCAACUUCCAGCAGCCGGCGGACGCGGAACGGGCAUUGGACACUAUGAACUUUGAGGUGAUCCAGGGUCAACCCAUUCGAAUCAUGUGGUCCCAUCGAGACCCAGGGCUUCGAAAGUCAGGUGUGGGCAACAUCUUCAUCAAGAACCUGGAGGAUUCGAUUGACAACAAGGCUUUGUAUGACACCUUCUCUACCUUUGGGAAUAUCCUCUCUUGCAAGGUGGUGUGCAACGAGCAUGGCUCCCGGGGCUUCGGCUUUGUGCACUUUGAGACCCACGAGGCUGCGCAGCAGGCCAUCAGCACCAUGAAUGGGAUGCUGCUCAAUGACCGCAAAGUCUUCGUUGGCCACUUCAAGUCUCGACGGGAACGGGAGGCAGAGCUGGGAGCUCAGGCCCUGGAGUUCACCAACAUCUAUGUGAAGAAUCUCCAUCCAGACAUGGAUGAGCAGGGCUUGGAGGAUCUUUUCUCCCAGUUUGGAAAGAUGGUGAGUGUGAAAGUGAUGAGGAACAGCAGCGGCCAGUCCAGGGGCUUUGGCUUUGUCAACUUUGAGAAGCACGAGGAAGCCCAGAAGGCUGUGGACCACAUGAACAGCCAGGAGGUGAGCGGGCGGCUGCUGUACGUGGGCCGUGCCCAGAAGAGGGCAGAGCGGCAGAAUGAGCUCAAACGCAAGUUUGAGCAGAUGAAGCAGGAUCGGCAGAACCGUUACCAGGGUGUGAACCUAUAUGUGAAGAACCUGGAUGACUCCAUCACUGAUGAGAAGCUGAGGAAAGUGUUCUCUCCCUAUGGAGUGAUUACCAGUGCCAAGGUGAUGACAGAGGGUAGCCACAGCAAGGGGUUUGGCUUUGUGUGUUUUUCCUCUCCAGAAGAGGCGACAAAGGCCGUGACAGAGAUGAAUGGACGCAUCGUGGGCAGCAAGCCACUGUAUGUGGCACUGGCCCAACGCAAAGAGGAGAGGAAGGCCAUCCUGACCAACCAGUACAUGCAGCGCCUCUCCACCGUACAGGCCCUGGACCGCCCCCUUUUAGGGUCCUUUCAGCAGCCCAGCUACUUUCUGCCCGCUGUGCCCCAGCCUCCAGCCCAGGCGGCAUAUUAUGGCUCUAGCUCCAUGACCCCUAUCCAGGCUACCCCCAGGUGGACGGCCCAGCCACAGAGACCUUCAUUUGUCUACCCUCCAGCUGCCUCAGUGGUCCAGCCACCAGGCACGCUUCAGCGCUCCCGGGCCCAAGUCAGCAGUGCCAGGCGGGCGUCUGCCCAGGUUCCACGCCCAGUGCCCCACACCCAGAGAGUGGCCAACAUUGGAACCCAGACCACAGGCUCUAGAAGAACAGGCUGUUGUACACCAGGCCGGCCUCUCCUGCCAUACAAAUGUUCCUCAGCUAUGCACAAUGCCUGUGGGGUCCAGGAGCCUGCCGUGUAUGUCCCUGGCCAGGAGCCCCUGACUGCGUCCAUGCUGGCUGCAGCGCCCCUGCACGAGCAAAAACAGAUGAUUGGGGAGCGACUCUACCCCCUCAUCUAUGAUGUUCAUAACCAGCUGGCUGGCAAAAUCACGGGCAUGCUGCUGGAGAUCGACAAUUCGGAGCUGCUGCUUAUGCUGGAGUCUCCAGAGUCCCUCAAGGCCAAGAUUGAAGAGGCGGUGGCAGUCCUGCACACGCACCAGGCCAUGGAGCCACUAAAGGCAUACACAAACUGAAAACAGGUUGACUGGGAGUGAGGAACUGGGACAGAAGAGGUGAAUCCAGAAGCUGUAGAGAAAUGGCCGGAGGCUGCCUCUCAGCUUAUUGCUGGCUUUGAAGUGCCAAGGAGGUGAGGGACAGAGGCUUAUAGAUGACACACUGACCUGUGACUGCAAUGGUAGUGAAGGCACUCUUGUGCCCUCUCCGCUGCCUGGCGUCAUGCAGAAUGGGUUGGGCUUUCCCUGGGAACUGUCUGGUUCUAUUCCGAAGGCCUGGCCUAGACCACUGCUUACCUUCUUACCUGAAGACUGGGUGUCUUCCAUACUUUAGAAGUAUGUAUUCCCCUCCCCUCCUUUUCACUCUCAGAAAAUGGAACCCUAACUUCCCUGGCUGCUACAAGUACAGCAUUUCCUGAUCACAGCUCUAAGGCCCUGAAAAUGAUAACUUAUUUCCUGAUUGUUCUGUAUCUGUACUUGAGCUUGGGCUAUGGAAGGCAGGCCACUUUCCCACUGACCACUUUUUGCUUUGUGUAUUAAAAGUGCUGCAAAAUCUA